GCAUAUCAAGAUGGCGCAUUAGUCGCUCAAUCUAUACACGAAAAAUCCUCUAUUAUUCGAUUUUAAUAAUAUGUUUCAUAAACACAUGUUUCUCAGCUAACAUAAAAAUUCAAAAUAUAACUUUUAAUAAUUUAUAGGUAAGUUGUAAUUUAGUACAUUCAUUUAUAUCUCCAUCAGCUAUAUAUCACAGAUAUGGACGUUGAAAGUCCUUCUGACCUAUUAAAUGUACAAAAAUUUAUGAAAAAAAGUGAAGAUGAAGAAAACGAUUCUCAGUGUGCAAUAGGGGGGGACAAUGCUAGUCUCGAAGUUCAUUUAGGAGAUGAUUCCUGUCACGUGAGCGAUGUCAGCAGUCUAUCUCUUCAAAAUAUUGCAAUAGAUGAUGAUGAGGUUAAUUCCGAGGAAGGCAGAUUGGGGAGGCGAGAUAGCAUGGAAAGCACCGAUUCUCUUCCUAGAGAUGAACCUGCCGAUAUACGGAUUCCUCCACCGUCACCACCAUCACCGGCUUCACUCUCACCAUCAAGUACCAUUAGAAAACGAAUUAAUGACAGUCCUCCAGCACCAAAAUUUUCUCCUGGACUUGCAUGUAGAAUAAUGCCAAAACCUGCACCAGAGAUAGAAAACGAAUACAACUAUGUUAAGUACGCUCGCACCAACGCCAACAAUUAUGUAGGAAUGAGGCUUGCAGAUGUAUGCAGCAGUCGAGAAGCAUCUCCGGAGAAGAGUGUUCCAAUGCCUAUACAUAGAAGUUCACCAUGUACACUUAAAUUAAAUGACGAAGCUCUAACGGAAAUACCUCUAACAGUUCAAACUAUAAGAACGACAUCGAAUGGAUUAACUAGUAGUGAAUCAAACAAAAAUUUCACAUUAUCGCCCGAGCACACUGAAUGUGGAGAUAGUACUACUGACGCUGAGUCUUUUGUAUCGGAUGGUGCUGGAACCCAUUCUUCUAGUCCUGGUAUGCCUAACGUUGAGGAUGGAUUAUCAAGUGGUACUGGGAGUGAUAUGGAAGAAAAUUCACCUACGUUAGAUAAAUCCCCUAAAGCAGUAUUGAGGAGGAAACAUUGUGGUUCGAUCGACAAGAUUUAUAAAGGAGAAAAUGGUUCGGAAAUAAAUCCAAUUGAACCUGUUUGGGUAAUGAGGUGA